AUGAACCAGGCAAACUCGACAAUGACUGAAUUUCAAGAAUCCCAGACGGUUACGCUCGAAUGGACCGUACGGAAUCUGAAGCAAUUGUUUGAAAACAGCAAGGGCGAGCAAAAGAGCAAGGUUGUCAAGAGUGCGAUCUUUGGAGGCGGACGCUGGCAGGUGCUCUUUUAUCCCAAUAGCGGACACGAAGGUGGAGGGUAUAUCAGCUUGUACCUCUCAUGCGAGCCUACUUCGGAUGAAAAGGAAAAGGCCAUGAAUGGAAAGUGGCAGCGGGAGGGAUUGUACAAGUUCACGUUUGAGUUGAGGAGCAUCAACAAGGGGACGAGCUUUAAUACCAAGGAAGCUUAUAACCAUGCAUUCUCGUGGAAGACGGCCAACUGGGGAUGGGCUCAAUUCGCACGCCGCGACGCAGUCUAUUAUGCGCCCAACACCGUCCGAAUGCAAGAUGCCUUUGUCAUCGUUUGUCAAAUUACAUCUUCCCCAUCUGCCCCGGUAUCGAACAUGAACGUCCAAUCCGUGCCUCGAUCAUUGAUGGCAUCUGUUGGGAGUUUGUUGGACGAUCCUAUAUAUUCGGAUGUGGAGUUUAUCAUUCCCCCAAGGAGGAGGGGAGGAAAGUCCAAGAAGAUUUGGGCGAGCAAGAAGCUAUUGAGUGGGCGGGCCGAGUAUUUCCAAACGAUGUUUAGUUCUGGAUUCGCAGAGGGUGCGAGUUUGGGUGCCGACUUGGUGGAAGAUGAUUCGGAUUAUAUGAAUGCGCACGAUGACUCUGACGAGGAAGAUGCCGAGCUCGAUGAUAUAACUUGGGAAGUUACCUCGGACGCUGGCAUAAUCGUCCGAGUCGAAGAUGUAGAAACGGCUCCAUUGAUCCCAGUGCCGUCUGCGAAGCCUCAAGUUCCAGCCCCGGUCGUCCCAGGUCCAUCGAAGACCCCUGUGGUUGUGAGGGACGUAGCGUAUGUGACAUACAAGGCGUUUUUGUACUAUUUGUACACAGAUACUAUCGUGUUUGCGCCUCUCAAGUCCCAGUUUUUGGUCUCGUCUCCCUCGGCCUCCUUUGCCCAGGCCCUUCAACUUCCUAUAUCAAGUGACGGAGCACCAAUGAACUCUCCCGGGAUCGGAAUAAUGGGCCGAUCGGACUCGCGCAGGGGCUGGUUAAAGAACUGGGAAGCAAAUUACCCGGAUCGACCUGUGCCUUGUAGCGCAAAGGCUAUCUAUCGCCUUGCAGACAAGCUAGACCUAGAAGAACUGAAGGCCCGGGCGUUUACGCAUAUAACCAAGAGCCUAUCGAUCCAGAGUGUGCCAUUCGAGCUGUUUUCUGGGUUCUCGGCUGCGUUUUCGGAAAUCCGCAAGGUACAAAUGGAUUUCGCGCUUCAACACUGGUCCGAGAUUCGUAGCAGCGAUUCGAUGAAACAAGUCUUGUCGGAAUUGAGGAGUGGGAAGUAUCCUGGAUAUGAAGAAGUUAUGCAUCAACUACUUGGGUAUCUGGAAUACCAUCCCCCCGUCCGAGGGAAGUGGAAAUGA